UGAUAUAAAACCACUCAUCUUAUCUCAUUCUUUACUACGGCUUUUCUUCUCCGUCAUCUGUAUUUAAAGUAAACUUGCAAUCAUUUUGCUUCUCUUUCCAAAACACUGCCCCUUCUAACACACCAAGACUCUUCAAACAAAAAACAUGUCAAAGACAUUCAAGGUUGUUGUCCUGGCCGGUGACGGCGUUGGACCCGAGGUCACUGCUGAGGCCGUCAAGGUGCUCAAGGCUGUCACUUCCAUCCGCUCGCGCACCGGCGGAGCCAAGAUCGAGUUCUCCGAACACAGGUUUGGCGGGAGCGCCAUCGAUGCAACAGGGUCACCGUUCCCCGACGAGACACGUGUUGCGUGCGAGAACGCCGACGCGAUUCUGCUGGGUGCGGUUGGCGGGCCCCAGUGGCCGACUCCUGGCGGCCCGCGGCCCGAGCAGGGCCUGCUCGAUCUGCGGAAAUCGCUGGAUCUGUUCGCCAACAUCCGGCCGAUGAGCUUCCCGGCUGACACGCUGAUGAGCGCAUCGCCGCUCAAGGAGGAUCUGGUGCGCGGAGCCGAGUUCACUCUGCUUCGCGAGCUGGUGGGCGGAAUCUACUUUGGCAAGCGUGGCGAGGAGGACAGCGAGGGCAAGGCAUACGACACCAUGGAGUACUCUGUGCCCGAGGUUGAGCGCAUUGCGCGCCUGGCUGGUGUGCUGGCAUCCAAAUCGCGGCCGGCGCAGACAAUUCACUCGAUUGACAAGGCCAACGUGCUGGCAACGUCGCGUCUGUGGCGCCGCGUGGUGACCGACGUCAUCACCCGCGAGUUCCCCAAGGUCAAGCUGGUGCACCACCUUGUGGAUUCGGCAUCGAUGCUGAUGGUCAAGAGCCCACGCGCGCUGAACGGCGUUGUGCUGACCGAGAACAUGUUUGGCGACAUCCUGUCGGAUGAGGCAUCGGUGAUCCCCGGUUCGCUGGGCCUGCUGCCCUCGGCGUCGCUCAACUCUGUGCCCGUGGCCGGCAAGCCGUGCCGCGGACUGUACGAGCCGAUCCACGGCUCUGCUCCCGACAUCGCUGGACAGGGUAUCGCCAACCCAGUGGGCACCAUCCUCAGUGCAGCCAUGAUGCUGCGCUACUCGUUCGGACUGGAGCGCGAGGCCAACAUCAUUGAGCUUGCUGUGCGGCGCGUGCUCGACGACGACCAGCUCAACGGCUGGAACAUCCGGUCCAAGGACCUGGGCGGCAGCGCAUCGACUGCCGAGAUCGGUGACGCCGUCGUGCGUGCGGUGACGCCGUACGCUGAGGGUCUCAACGUCGAGGACCGCGCGGUGCAGCGCCCGCUGCUGCUGGAGCGUCCCGUAGGUCGUCGAGGCAUGACCCUGUGCGAGAAGAUCAUCGCGCACCAUGCGAUCGGUCUGGCAGCGCCUGGUGACGUCAAGCCUGGCGACAUGGUGUGCGUGGGCGUUGACUGGACGAUCGCGUCUGAGAUCACGUGGAAGGGCAUGGACAAGACGUACAACUCGAUGGGCAGGCCGGGCAUCAACCGUAACGACCGGUUCUGGCUGGCAGUGGACCACACUGUGGAUCCGCGCAUCAUGAACCAGCCCAAGCCGAAGGACCUGUUCUCGACGUCGGCUGCGUUCGCUGAAGAGGCGCACCUGGUCGAUUUCUACCGCCCCAACUACACCAUCCUGCACACCGAGUUCUACCGCGAGCGUGCCCAGCCCAGCCAGCUGGUGAUUGGUGCCGACUCGCACACAUGCUCGGGCGGUGCUGUCGGCGCACUCUCGAUCGGUAUGGGUGCCGCUGAUGUUGUCAUGCCGCUGGUGACAGGUGAGACCUGGCUGCAGGUGCCUGAGACGGUGGAGAUCCGCUUCGUCAAUGCCCCGCCGUUCGGUAUUGGCGGCAAGGACAUCAUCCUCGACGUGCUGCGUCAGCUGAAGCGCAACACCGUCGCGUUCGAGCGCGCUGUCGAGUACACUGGCCCGGGUCUGAAGUACAUGAGCUGUGAUGCGCGGUUCGCGUGCGCCAACAUGGCCACCGAGUUUGGCGGCAUUGCCGGUGUCUUUGAGGCUGACGAGAUCACUGCCGCGUACAUCGCCAAGCGCAAGAGUCCCGAGUACAAGAAGCAGUCGCUGUUCUUCCGUGCCGACGAGGACGCGCAGUACGCCGAGUCGCAUAUCAUUGAUCUGUCGCAGGUCGACUCGCUGGUGGCUCUGCACCCGAGCCCCGACAAUGUAGUGCACGUUGACCAGGUCAAGAUGGACCUGGACGGCUGCUUCAUCGGCGCCUGUACCACGGCCGAGGAGGACCUGAUUCUCGGUGCGCUGGUGCUGGAGGCUGGUCUCAAGAAGGGCCUGGUGCCUGUGUCCGGCGCCAACCGCCGUGUCACCCCCGGCUCAGUCCCGAUUCUGGCGAAGCUGCGCCGUCUGGGUCUCGUCGACGUGUACGAGCGCGCCGGCUUCAUUGUUGGUGCCCCUGGCUGCUCGUACUGCCUCGGCAUUGCGGCCGACGUGGCCGGCGACGGCGAGGUGUGGCUCAGCUCGCAGAACCGUAACUUCAAGAACCGCAUGGGCGCUGGCUCGAUUGCUAACCUUGCGUCGGCGGCCACGGUUGCUGCGUCAUCAUUCGCCAUGAAGGUGACCAACCCGCGCGAGCUGCUGGACAUGAUCGACCGCGAGCGCUACGCGAAGAUGCUGGACCUGUGGAUGGACAAGGGCGAGGAGAUUGUUGUGUCCGAGCCGAACCCGGUGCUGGAGGAGGCGCGUGGCGAGACCAUCCAGUCGCGCAACACCGAGGGCACUGGGGCGAACGCCGCCGUGGAGGGCGAGUCGGAGCCGAUCGACAAGUCGAGCAUGAUCACCGGCAAGGUGCAGCGCUUCGGCGACAACAUCGACACUGACGCGAUCAUCCCCGCGCCGUUCAUGCCGGGUGUGUCGGAUGAGGACCUCGGUACGCACUGCUUCCAGUACUUCCGCCCCGAGUUCCGCGAGAAGGUCGCCCAGGGCUUCGACAUCAUUGUUGCUGGCAUUGGCUUUGGUUCCGGCUCGUCGCGCGAGGAGGCUCCGCGUGCCAUCAAGGGCGCCAACGUCAAGGCUGUCAUUGCCAAGUCGUACGCCUUCAUCUACCAGCGCAACCAGCCGAACAUGGCUCUUCUGGGCAUUGUCCUCAAGGACGAGAAGUUCUACGAGCUUGCGCAGGAGGGCGCCGAGGUGUCCAUUGACCUGCCGAACCGCAAGAUCUACUGCGGCGGCAAGGCCUUCAGCUUCGUGCUGUCGACCAUGGAGGAGCGUCUGAUUCUGGGCGGCGGUGUCACCGAGAUGUACAAGAAGUACGGCAACCUGCUCUUCCGCGCUGCCAUUGCCGCUGACCCUGAGUCAGUGCUCAAGAACGCCGGCGCCUGCGGUAAGCCCACGUCGUGCGGCGAUGCCGAGGCCAAGGACCAGCUUGCCUGGUAACCUGUUUUUUCUCUCUCGACUUCCGACUUCCAAAUAUAUGCAGUAUCCAAUCAGCACGUGCUCCCGUGCCCGUGGGUGAGGUGACAGUACAUCCUUCAGCAGUCCGGGUUCUAGGAGCUUCUUGCUUUUGCAUCCUCAGUAAUUUUACGAGCUAAACACAAUUUUCUUUAAAAUGG